AUGAUGAAAAGUGAUAUUCGGAGAUGUCGUCGAUGCAAGAGAAAGAGAUUGGAUGAUGAGCCUAUGGAGGUAAGGCAAUACAAAACAUGUGCCAAAUGUAGGAUUAUAGAGAGGAACAAAAAGAAUCUGCGUAAACCUCUAGCUAAGGAAACUAUGCUUUAUGGUUUGAAACAAUUUAGGGAGCAACAAUCUACUGAAAACUACAUUGAGGAAGAGGGAUUAUUAAAAGAUGAAUUUUUCAAACGAUAUCAUAAUAAGCCAUUCAAUUAUGAUGCGGAGAUUGCCAAGGUAUUGAAUGAUCCUAAUUACGAGCCUCCUGUCAUUUCUAAUCUCACAGAUGAAAUAAUAGAAACAUCUGAUGUAACGUCGCCAAAUGGAACUAGAUAUCAAAUGAGUAUUAGACGUGAUGAAACUGGUUCUCCAACGAGAACCAGAUUGCCUCGUGCAGAAAAGAUUAAAAAGCCAAGACAGCCAUACAAGAGAAAUACUGUACAAUAUAAUCAGGUACUUUCACAAGCCAAUGCACAUCAAAUACCACACCCUGUUGCUAAUGUUGUUGACCAGCCUAUUGUGGACCUAGUUGAUGAGAAGGAAGAACUUAUUGGCGAGAUAUUGGCAUUGGGUAACGGCUUCAAAGAGCACACGCCUGUGGAUAAUGCAAACCCAUAUAGAUUUGCGAAUGUUCAUUCCAAUUUUGAACAAUAUUUACAACGAAUACUUGAUUUAAAGUCUGCAAAAAAGAAUAUAACCAAUUUGGUAUUAUUAAAAGAGUUUAAGGAGUCCUUUCCUAAGGAGAUGUCGAGGUACCAUGCCGAUGCAUCUAUCGGUGAUCGCAAUUCAGAAGAGCUCACAUUAAAUGAGAGACAAUCGCGAAUGAACCUAUUGAGCAACUUGAAAGCUUUGUAUGUUGAUCCAAUUAUAGCUUCAACUUCAUUGCCAUUUGAGCAAAAGUCAAACAACUUACAUGACUUCAGUUAUCCAAGUGAGUUAAGAUGCUACUAUCAGUAUAAAGACAAACCAGAGGCGGACUCGAGCAAGGAUGAUCUCGUGAACUCUUCAAUCAAUCUCACUUAUAAUAAAAAAUACAACAUAUUGACCAUCAAAUUCAAUUUAGCUGCAAUUGACAGGACUAGUGGAUAUCCGGAUGAGCUUAAAGAGGCAGUUGUGGAUGCUUUGGAGAAGGUGAGCUCCAGUACCAGUGGUGAUUCCCCGGAUACGCCGGAGUUUGUAUUUAAAGAGUUGAAAAAAUGUCUAGAAACAUUCGACGAAAAGCUAAGGUCAUACAUAAACGGCUUGGAUUUAGAGAAAUUUAACAAAGUGUUUACUGCCAUCAAUGGCGAACUCACUGCAGAGGAUGUUGAUGAUAUGGAUGUUGAAGAAUUGGAAGAUGAACUUGUGGCAAGUGAAGACGAGGUCGACGAAGGUGCCGAAGACGGCGCAGAGGUCGAUGAAGAAGAUGACGAAGAUGAAGAAGAUGCAAUCGAUGAUGAAGAUACUGAUAAUGUCAAAAAUGGAAACACUAGCCAUGAGAGCUAUGGUAUGGAAGUAACGCAUGAAUUAAGGGACAAUGAGGCUGUGGGUGCAAACCAAAAGAAUGGCAUUUUUGACAAAUCAGGUUCUGAAGUUGCAGCUGAAACUUUGGAUCCAGUAUUGAAUCUGUGA